UCGCGCGUCCGAAGCGCGCCCGCCAGUCCUGAUUCUUGCUCUCCCGGUGCAUCAGCUGUCGCGAGUCUUCUCGGCCUUGGUCAAGUUUUCUGUGUUUACGCUCCUCCGUGCGCACUACACGAGGUGAUCCCGGCGUUUUGUGCGGUACAAUUUCGCAUUUCGGGUUUUUUUUUUUAUUUUUUUUUUUUUUUUUAUUAUUAUUUUUAAAUCUCAACGCGCCGCCUCGAGGUGGUCUACUGUGUGUUUAUUGUUAGAUGGAUGCAGUGACAGGUGUGGAGUUUCCAUCCGCGAUUAGAAGUUCAGCGAAAAGUACAAUCCCACUCCGGUGAAGUUCCGCAGUUUCUCCGGAUUUUUCCUCUCCGGAUUUUGCUCUUGUGUGGUUUUUCGUAUCAUGGGUGACCCUUGAACUGACAAUGAGUUAUAUUAUCACCGCGAUCGAGUGAUUAGAAGGAAAUCUGCAAGUUGGGUCUUUCACUCCUCUCGUGCGUUUAUAAACGGUAUUGAUGACUGACAGCAGCCACGACUUUGUUUUAUCGGUCACUUCACGCUUUAAUCGUGGACUCGUUCGGGCUGAAGAUGAUGGAACACGUUUGGAUGGAAGAUAUGGUCUCAAUGAUGUCAGAGGGCCCUCCAGUGGCAACGGCGGUGGGAGCGACAAAUGUGAGUGAGAUGGUGAUAAUCAAGAAGGAGAUAGACGGCUCCGGCCGGGCGAGGGCGGGGGGCCUCGAUUGCUCACCCCCGGACAACUCCACGGCACUCCAGUACUCUCCCACCACUACUUCCGGGUUUCAUCUUCACACCGAAGACACAAAGUAUUCCGAAGAACAUUAUGGGGCACCAUCUCCGGGCAGUCCAGAUCAUCAGUAUUGUUCCAGCACAACACAGUCUUUGGGAGACCCCCUUCUUGAUACUAUAGACGAGCGGAUCAAGGAAGAAGAUAUUCCCAGACGUUUGUGUUUAGUGUGCGGUGAUGUAGCUUCUGGUUUCCACUAUGGAGUAGCUUCCUGUGAGGCGUGCAAGGCUUUUUUUAAAAGAACAAUUCAAGGAAAUAUUGAAUAUACUUGCCCUGCUACAAAUGACUGUGAAAUCAACAAGAGGAGACGAAAAGCUUGUCAAGCAUGCAGAUUUCAAAAAUGCCUUCGCAUGGGCAUGCUGAAAGAGGGUGUCCGGCUAGAUAGGGUGAGAGGUGGAAGGCAGAAAUAUCGUCGGAACCCUGAACUACCUCAGCCUGUGCAGCCAUGGCAUCAAAUAAUGAAUACUCCAUCUUUAGAAGAUAACAAAAUGUUAGAGGCUCUAACACAGUGUGAGCCAGACAUGCUGUCAUGUUUGUCCAGUUCCUCCUUAGCUGUGGAUAUCUUGUCUAUCCUGAGUGACUUGUAUGACAGAGAACUUGUCGGAACUAUAGGAUGGGCCAAGCAAAUACCUGGCUUCACGGAUUUGUCUUUGAAUGACCAAAUGAGGCUUCUUCAGGCAUCUUGGGCAGAAAUUCUCACUCUGACGCUGUCAUACCGUUCGUUACCUCUUAGCUCUGGUAAACUAAGAUUUGCCACUGAUUUUACUUUAGAUGAAUUACAAGCCAGAGAUUGUGGUGCAUUUGAAAUUUAUCAGUUGUGUUUGCAAGUAAUUGAGAGACUUGAAAGAUUAUCUAUCGCAAAGGAGGAAUAUUACCUGCUGAAAGCUCUUGUACUAGCAAAUUCUGACGUCCGAUUGGAUGAGCUGGUAUCACUGAAGAAAUUUCGAGAUAAUAUUUUAUCUGCACUUGGAGAGUGUGUCUUUGUCAUUAGGCCUAAUAUGUGCGUGAGUCAUACUCAAAAUUUGCUUCUGUGUCUUCCUAUCUUAAGGCAAGCAGAUCAGGUAAUAAGAAGGUUUUGGUCAUCCGUUCAUAAAGAGGGAAAAGUAUUAAUGAAUAAAUUAUUUGUUGAAAUGUUAGAAGCUUGUUUACAUUGAAAAGUGUAAACAUUUUUAGUAGAUCCAACUACCAAAGUUUUCUUUGUUUUUGUUUUGUUAGUGACUUGUUUUAAUUUAUUAGCUACUCCUAUAUUUAUUGUGAAUGAAUAGGGAUUUAUUUUUGUUGAACUAAUUUGUUACAAAUUUGCACAGCGCCCUUAUUUUAGUUACUCUCAAAAUCUGUGUAAAAUGUCUUUAUCGCCAUUCAGUGGUGAACCAGCUAAAGGAAAGUGAGCAAGAAAUAAUUUUUUUAAGUAUUUUCUCCUUAAAGGGUAAUACUAUUGCCUUGUUCCUUGUCAUGGCGCUGAGGUGCUUAUUUUUGUUCAGGCCAUGAAACAAACUUGCAUUAAAACUUUAAUAGCCACUUCCCACCGUGAACAACGAGGGAAUCAGCAGUGGCUCUUCCAUCCAACAAGCACAUUAAUUUUACCAGUAUGCCAGAGCUUUGAACUAAAGAAACGCUCUGUAGUGCUCUUUUCGCAGUGGAAUAAUUAUUUUUCCUCAAACUGUUAGUCUGUAAGACAAUUUAGUCUUACAGAUGGCAGCUGUUAUUACAUCUGCUUUGGCCCUCAGGAAGGCGUUAAUUCUGGUGAAUGUGAGCGAUGUGGAAGAGAUUGUGUAAAUUUUUUUAACUCAAAAGUAAAAGUUGCUCAAAGAUUUUGUUGAAAAAUAAUGUCAUGAACGCUUUGAGUGCUUUUAGCACAUGAACUUCGGUACAAAAUUUUCUGGACAUAAAUCUUACUACUUCCUGUGGGACUUUUCGUAUGAGAUUUUGAAACGUUGACAAUAGGUCCUCAUCUUGAUUUUCCCCUGAUGUGUUGCGCUUAUUCUUUAGUUAUGAUUCAUUGAUUAUUUUUGUGUAUGAUCACAACCUACAAAUAUUAAUGUAACAUUUUUAAUACACAAGACCAAAAAACUAAAGCCUCUUUUAGAUCAGCCUAAUGAAAUCAUGAGUUCCAAUAGUUCCCAAAUUUUUCAUUUGAGGACUUUCUUAAAUAAAAAAACAAGCUUUACGGGAAGCUUGUAGUAAAAAGAGUUUGCCAGUGUUCUCUCAUUUUACCUCUCAAUAUUAGGGUGUAUAGGCGUCUAUCAUUAUUAAAUAGUAUGGUUAUUAUUUUAGAAGUAUAACUUUGAAUUCCAUGUAAGUCUGUAGAGCAUACCCCCCCCCCUUUCCCCCAUUAUGAAAGUGAGCAAUUUUAUCUUUUCGAAAGGUAGGCCAAAUCAUUACAGGAACAGAGUAACAGACUCUUGAAAAAUACCAACAGAAAUGUAACUCAAUGCAACUCAAUAUUUCUAGUGUAAAAUUUUGGAAAAUACCCAGAAUGUUUCUUUCAAACUUUAAAUCCAUUGAUUUAUAUUUUUAAGCCCACUUAUCUCUGAUAAUUGUAAAAAAUAGGUGUUGUGCUGAUAAAGUGUAGCUGAAAAAUAAGUGAAGUUCCUUUUAUUUUUUAACUGUUUAAUGAUGUACGAUAGAUAACUGUAAUAUGAUGGCGGGCUGGGAAGAAGGGAGUUCAUCUAUGUAUAUAUAAGCAUAUUUUUGUCGUUGAUCAGUUGAGAGCUUUCCCUUCCAAUUUUGUCCCAUCUUUCACCAUAUCGUCAAGCAGGGUUGCAACAAUCAGGGUUAACAGGGAAAACCAGGAAAUUUUAGAGAAUUUCAAAGUAGAAAAUGUAAAAAAAAUGGCUAAAGUGUCAAGGAUUAAUGAUUAAAUUCCCUGUACUUAAUUUCCAGAAUUUGUUUGACGUUUCAAACAACAACAAUUAUUGUGUUGUUUGGGCUCAGAAGUGCAUUAAUUUUUAACCAUCCUGCAUAUCGUCAAAUACCAGGAAUUUUACUAAAAUCUGUCAGGAAAAUGCCAGGGAAUUCAAUUUUUUUAAAUAUCUGUCGCAACCUGAGUUGGGCUUCGUUCAAAGUACUUUUGUUUGGAUGAUCUAGUCAAAAUGCAUCUUAAAUUUGACUGUCCAGCAAGUUUGCCUAGCUGAUCAAUUGCAAAAAUAUGUGUCAGGACCUUCAAAAAAUGAAUAUUAUGUAGUAAGAAAUUGGAGAAACGUUACAUCUCUUCUCCAGCGAUGCUGAAUUUCUUGAAUAACUUUUGUAAAUCAAAAGGCACUCUGAAAGUAAUGUAGGGUUAAUCUUUAUAAAGAUUAAUUAGAUUGUAUUGACACAUGUAGACUUCUUGGUAGUACACUCCCUGCAAGGCGUUAAAAUUUUUUGGAGCAAAGAUUAUUCUCAGUUGCUUUUUAAAAGAAUUGGUGUAUUUAAAACAAGUCUCACAAUCAAUCCUCCUUCUGUGAAAUUAUGAAUUAAUUAGAGUACUAACAUCCGCUGACAUGAUCGUCUCAAUCAUUUACAAAAGUUUUCUGAUACUUUUGCAUCUAAUGCUUUUUAUUUCUAAAUCCAAUAAUUUCAUUUCUUCUUUGAUUUUCUAUUUUUUUCUAAUAAUCAUAAAAUCUAUGUAACUUUCAAAGUCAUUGCAGCUUUAUAUUAUCGUGCAAAAUGAAUUUAGUUAAUUUUCUUGAUUGAAGACUGUUAUUCUCCAAAGUUUUAAGAUCUAAUUGUUUCAGUUCCUCUAUCAACUAAAAAGUGGUAGAAUAGAUAUACUUGUUCAGUGCACCUCUAGAAACCUAGUAUGAGUGUUUAAGUACCUAUGUUCUCAUUUGUUACUAUGUUAACGUUGUAAAUUGAAUUCUCAUUUUAUCCACCCAAAUAAUAAUGAAGGAAUUUUUCUCUGAAAGGAAAAAAAAUGUGAACUUAAUUUUACAUUGCAAAUGUCUAAGGGCUUCUAAGGUCUUCAAAAUAUAUCCUGCUAUAUCCACACAGAAAUAUUGCUACACUAAUUUGUCACAAACUCCAAUUGAAGGGUCUUGCGCAGGACUUGAUAUAUCAGUUCCUUAGAGCACAAGGGUUGCAACUAAAAUGUCAAUAAAAAUAAAUUCAUUCGUAUGUUCAAUAUAUGUAUUUUAAAGUUAAAUAUGUGUGAAGAAACUAUGUUGUAGUAUCCAACGCUGGACAUGAGCUACAAAACUUCAAAAAUUGCAAAUUUCAAGAAAAGUGAUGGGGAGCACCAGACAAAUUUUUCCAAGAUUUGUAAGGGGAAAAAUGUAGGUACAACCCUUUUGCUCAAAGUCUCUGCUAUAAAUUUAGUGUUUUCCUGAAUACGGCGCUGCUCUACCGGUGAUGAAGUUUUGCCAGAUUUCUUGGAGCCUUGAAAGGAACGUGCGCUCUCUGGGUUUUAAUUUUAAUUCACACACAGGCGCACUUUGAAUUUCUCGAGGAUCCAGAUUAAAUUAUCCAUAAUGCAUAAUGAAUUACAUACUUCUUUUUCCUAGUUUACUUUAGUCCUGAGUAGAAUAGUAGGUAUGUAGGUUUAGGAAAUCAUGUGACCUGUAGUGAAUUAAAACGUAUUAAAAAAUGAUAUUAGUUAAUUAUGUCUGAUUUGAGUCUUUUUAGUCUGAGACAAUAGGAAGAAUAGUAUUUUUAGGCAUAAUAAAAAAAAUGAAAACAAAGAUUGAAAUGUGUUAACUAGUUUAUUUUUUUCAAUCCUGUGGAAUCCAGUUAUUUGUUGUUCUGUUGUAUCAGGGGCUAUUUUUGUGUAUUUCUUGGCGAUCUCAUUGAAAAGAUUAAAUCAAUAGGUUUUGCUUAUUAUCAGCUUUUGUGUUCUCUAGAAAGUGCUCAUGGCUAAGCUCUGUAAAUUUUCAAGACGCUGAAGUUCAGCAUAAUUCAUUCUUUAUUUUAAAUUACAAGGCAAAUCCUCUCAAUGGAGCCUGGUAUAUUAGUGAAUCCUUGUUAUCCCUAUCAUGACGAUCAAAUAAUUUAUCGAAAAUUCUCAUUGUGGAACAAAUAACUUCAUAACAUAAUUAUCAUAAAUUCUCCUCAUCUCAAGGCACUCUAGUUGUAUGAUAAAGUUAUGUUCAAUUCUAGAAGCCAAAAUAAGAUCCUAGAUUUUUUUAUAUUUAUCCUUGUUAUCACUAACUUAUGACAAUGACUCCAAAAAAAGAUUUUGUGCUUUGUCCGCACAGCUUUGAUUUCAAGUUCUGAAUCAAAGUGUUAGGUAUUAGGUUUUGCCACAGAUAUUCCAAAAAUUAAUUUUGAAAGAUGCCUGCAGCCUCCUGAGAACUGUUGAGUGUUGGAGACCUUCAUCAAAUAUAAAACAGGCUGAACAUUCAGUUUGUCCCUUGGCAACUACCACUGUAGCUCAGUUGGCACUACAGCUUGCACUGCUCACCAGGCUCUUUGACUAUUCAUCGACACGGUAGAGUCUUGUACAGUAAUAGAAACGUAAUGAAACUUGUCAUAAUCAUUAUAUCUGGACAAAAGCCUGCUUUACAACUUAGGAAAGAAAUAUAUUCAAAAGAAGUGUGUAUUGUAUUUGGAUUUAUAUUACCUGAAAUUCAAAGGUUCACUAAGUUUUUUAAGCACCCAUUCAAGUGGAUAAUACAGGUAGAGCGCCCCCCCCCCCUUCAGAUGUUUAAAUCCUGCAGAAAUGUAUAAUAUAAAUCUCAUUUGUAAAAUCAUCAGCCCUUCCUCCUUAUCUUUUCUUAUCAGAGUAAAUAUAUUUUAGAGCCCCACACUGUUAUAUUCCCAGUAGUGAAAAAGUCACUUUCAGAAGUCAAAUUUCAGAAUCUCCCUAUUAUGACUGAUGACAAAAGAGUGGAACAAUUGGUUUAGCAAUCCAAACUUACUUUGCAGCAUUUUGCCUAGCAAAUUGCUUGCUUUGACAUUCAUCAGUUAUCAUUUGACAAAUUUUGUUGGAUUUUACGCUCAACAAGUUGUGCAUCAAUCAUCAUUAGGCGGAAAGUCAGAGAGUAGUGUCGACCUCCAGAUUAAACUUCUACUUCACCCGUUAAAAUAGUUUUGAUUGUCAGUACGGGGUCUCCAAAAUAUAUUGUCUCUGUCUCUUAUUCUCAACUUUGUAUCACUUUGAAAAAGGAGAAGGAUAAAAUCACAUUGUAAAUUAAAAAAUAAAAAGAAAAAAAAUUCACGUAGGAUUUUUAGGAACCUUAAAUUCGUGUUCACCUUUAAACUGUGUAGCAUUCUAGUUUUAGCAUCGUUGUUAUUAAACCAGUAAAUAUUCUAGUAAAUUGUGAUCUUGGGAAUGUUGUCAAUAAGAUGCUACAGAUUUAAGUGCAAAGUCUUGGUAAAGAGCAUAUGCUGCACAAGAAAAUUGUCGGUUUAUUUUUAAAGGGGAAAUAAGUGGGUUCUGUUUGAAGAUUACUGUCUUCAACAGGGGGUUUGUCAUCUAGCUAACAUUGUUGGUUAAGUAUGAAUUCCUUCAACAUUUCUACAGAUAUGCUGAAAAUGUAAGAUUCUUGUUGUAAUUUGAAAAUGCCUUUGCAAAAAUUUAUUUUCUACUUUAAUUGUGGUGUACCAAAAAAAAAAAUUCUUUGAAAUCUUACUCUUUUCCUGAAAUAUUCAAUCUGAUAAUUUAUCAGAUGAUUUCAGACUUAUAGUCAGUGAAUUUAAUGGAAAAGGAGCAGUAUAAAAUGUUACAUGGAGCUAGACUUAUAUUCAUCUGUCAGUGCGAAUGCAUGAAGCACAUGAGAUUUUUCCUCUCCAAGGGUGGAAAUGUCUCUUUCAAACAUGUGAAAGAGCAGUGAAAUAAUAUUUCACCUCAUUAACAUUUUUUAGUUUGGUACCUAAUAAUUCAUCCCGAUGGAAUGAGACUUUAUUGAGUCUUGAGCAAUCAAACUUAAAUUAUAUUCCCUGUUAUAUGCUCUUUCCUUUUUCUUGGUUCAGUAGUGAGUUUUAUAGAUUAUAGAUUUGUUAUAUGUUCUAAAAGCUGCAAGUAGUUUUCUGAAAGAAACUCUCCAGCAAAGAUUUAUGAUCAAUUUUACUGUUGAGUUUGAUUUUUUCCUAGCUUUAUUGAAAAUUCACCUUGGUGUCUAUUCCUUGCUGAGACCUUCAUUUUAAAGUAUCAUUAGAAGCUCAUGUAUCUCAGUACUUACUUUUCUUUUGUGAGUUUUCUGGAGAAGAUUUGUCUCUAGAGGAUAUUUUGAAGAACAUGGCGAUGGUGAAACUGCAGAAAUGUAUAUUUCGAUUUGCGGUGUCGCAAACUUCCUGCCAUAUUUUAUUGUUUACCCAGAAAACUACUGAACGAAAAUGUCGGUGAUUUUUCUUCUUUUUGAGAAGAAUCUUCUGUGGAAAUUUAAGGUCAUGAAGUUGGUUUGGUCUCCUUUUGAAAAUGAAAUAGAAAUGAAGAUUUUGGAUCACUGCAAUCGAGAUCCGCAUUUUUCAGUUUCACAGUCGAUGUGUAGUGAUGCUCAGUAGUGCCUCUUGGAUUCAGGUUUUCCUCUUGAACAUUUUA